CGUCAGAAAGGUCGUGGGUGAGAGGUGAUCGGGACACAUCUUGUUGUCUUUGUAAGAGUGGAGCUCGAUCACGCAGCCGUGUCUUCCCUCUUCCCCGAAUCCUCUCAAAACUCCCUCCCGAACCUCCCCCUCUUACCCUCCGGACCCUCGAACCCUCUCCCCUUCCCGGAGCGCGCGUCAGGUUGAUCGCCCGUGAGCACAGAUCCAGGGCUCUUCUCGUUGAUCAUCAUGGACUCUGGUGUGAUUGAAGGAGGACUGAACGUCACGCUCACCAUCAGACUGCUCAUGCAUGGCAAAGAAGUGGGCAGCAUCAUCGGAAAGAAAGGUGAAUCGGUGAAGAAGAUGCGGGAGGAGAGCGGCGCUCGGAUCAACAUCUCUGAAGGGAACUGCCCCGAGCGCAUCAUCACCCUCGCAGGCCCCACCACGGCCAUCUUCAAAGCCUUCUCCAUGAUCAUCGAGAAGCUGGAGGAGGACAUCAGCAGCUCCAUGUCCAACAGCACGGCCACCUCCAAGCCCCCGGUCACGCUGAGGAUCGUGGUGCCGGCCAGCCAGUGCGGGUCGCUCAUCGGCAAGGGCGGCUGCAAGAUCAAGGAGAUCAGGGAGUCCACAGGAGCUCAGGUACAGGUGGCUGGAGACAUGCUGCCCAACUCUACUGAGAGAGCCAUCACCAUCGCCGGGACCCCGCUGUCCAUCAUCGAGUGUGUCAAACAGAUCUGUGUGGUCAUGCUGGAGUCGCCUCCCAAAGGUGUGACCAUCCCGUACCGACCCAAACCCUCAGGAUCGCCUGUCAUUUUCGCAGGAGGACAGGCAUACGCGGUGCAGGGACAACAUGCCAUUCCUCAGCCUGAUCUCACUAAACUCCAUCAGCUGGCGAUGCAGCAGAGUCCGUUUCCUCUGGCCCCCAGCAGCCAAGGCUUCACUGCUGGGAUGGACGCUACUGCACAGACAGGCUCUCAUGAACUGACCAUUCCUAACGACUUGAUUGGCUGCAUCAUCGGCCGUCAAGGUGCAAAGAUUAAUGAGAUUCGUCAGAUGUCAGGGGCACAGAUCAAGAUCGCCAAUCCAGUGGAGGGUUCGAGCGACCGGCAGGUCACCAUCACCGGCUCACCGGCCAGCAUCAGUCUGGCUGAGUACCUGAUCAACGCACGGCUCUCAUCCGAGGCGACAGGAAUGGCUGCAAACUGAUGCUGUCCGCCCCUUUCUCCUCCUCCAUCACAUUACGCUCUCUAAGUGCAAAAGAAAACCAAGUAUUUUCAACCCCUCUUUUCCUUUCACCCACCCCAAGCUAUGCUUCAUGGAUAUACACAAGUAUUUUAUUUAUUUAUUUCAUGAAAAUGUUUUUAAAAUCCCUUUGCGUACAGUUUUUAAUGUCUAUUUUCUUUGCAUAUUUUGUCAGUUAACAUAACCGUAUGGAAGUGACAGUGGAGAAAGUGGAAAAAUCUGAAAACACGUACAUGUUUUUGUUAUCUCAGAUUUUUCUUAUAAAAACAGAAAAAAAUAAAAAAGAGAGCAACUACAAACGAUAGGUUGACCGCUUUCCCUGUAUCAAAGAUUUAUUUAUUUUAAUUUAACUCUAGGAAGUUACAGAUUUUAAAAUCCUAGAAAUGGGCUUUAGAGAAGAAGCUCUGUUUUCUGCAUCAGAUCGAUGCGAGUCUGAGCUGUUUCAGGUGACUUGUGUUUUUUUGUUUUUUUAUGGGGGGACGUUUGAAUGUGUCAUUCCUCAAUAUUUGUCUUUUUUUUUUUUUAUCCUGAAGUUGGAGAUUUUGUUAGAGGGAGGGAUGGGAGAUGCUGCAGUUUCUGCAUUAAUGACAUUUCUGCUAUAAUGAUGAGUUGAAAAUAUUUCUUUGAGAGAGAAUAUUGUUUUUUUUAACCCUGUGGUGUAGAGCCCAGACUGGAGGAUUCCCAAUCGACAUUUAUAUGAUGAUGCGACUGAGUUACUGAUCAAUUACAUGACUAGAAGGAACUUUCUAGAAUUAACACUAGUUUCCUCUCUGCUCUGCCUGAGUAAUAGUUAUGUUCUCUAUUUUUAUUUCAUUUUUAUUUCUUUUUGUUUUGUUUUCUUGCGGGAGGAAGGAAAACCUAAAACUUUUUUUGUGCACGUUUUCAGAAUAUUGUAGAUUUGGAGUGCAGCUGGAAUGAAGAAUUAAACAUGCAAAAUUAAAACAUGAAAUGCUAAACCUAA